AUGGACCAAAUGAAGAUCGUGAUUAGUGAGGCCGGCGACAAAGUGGCGGGUGCAGCCAGCGAUGCCAGCAAAAAACUGACGAGUCUAACGGGUGACAAAAAAACGGCUUUUUGGCCCGAAACGGCACCGAGCCAAUUGUCAGCGGACUCGAUUUAUCAAAGCACAUGUCCCAGUCUCACAAAGAAACAGCGACUGACUGGCUUUGUGUCGUGCUUUGUGCUCGGAUAUCUCGUGAACUUUGGGUCGACGUUUGCUUUGGUUUUGAGCUCCAAUAAUGGCGCCAAGUUCGGCGUGACAUACACGCUGGGCAAUAUCAUUUCGCUCUGCGGUUCGGGGUUCCUUGUAGGCCCAACGCAGCAGGUGAAGCUCAUGCUCAAGCCCAUCCGUCGAAUCGCGACAAUUAUUUAUCUAGCGAUGAUCGCAGUGGUGGUUAUCGUGGCCGUUGCGGCACCGCAGUUAGGACUGGUGGUGCUUUUACUAGUAUUCAUCCAGUGUCUGGCAGCUCUCUGGUAUUCGACCAGCUACAUUCCGUACGGACGCAAGGUCCUUACAGGUAUCGCGAAUAAGCUGUGCGGCGCAGCUGCUUGA